ACACACACACACACACACACACACACACACGCAGACAGGCUGUGUAGUCGACCACCGAUAGUCACCGACUGACAGCUGGGGCCACCCAAACAGCUUCACAACAAACCCGUCCGGAGGCGCGCUGACAGGCGAACAAGUCCCACAGCAGCUCGCUCCGCGCAACUCUUUAACAACUGGAUCUUAUGGCUGAGAGCGAGGACAUCUUUCUCAGGGCUAAACAUCGGACAUUCACCGGACUGAGUGAAGAUGCAGAGCGCGACUGGAGGGGACCAUUUUGCUUCAUCCAGGCCGCAGACCCCCAGCUGGGGCUUAUGAAGGCUUGGAGGGACGGCGACUGCGAUGGCGGAGGGGAGGAAUGGGCCGAGGAGGUGGAGCUCACCAAGCAGGCUGUGGAGGCCAUAAACCAGCUCAGACCCAGGCCAAAGUUUAUGGUGCUGUGUGGCGACCUGGUCCAUGCAAUGCCUGACACCCCUUUCAGAGAAGGUCAGGAGCGAGACCUGAAGGCGGCCUUGAAGGGGACAGAUCCCUCCAUCCCGCUGGUAUUUGUCAGUGGGAACCAUGACCUGGGCAACACCCCCACUCCAAGGACAGUGGAACAGUACUGCAGCGCGUGGGGUGACGACUAUUUCAGCUUCUGGGUGGGUGGAGUUCUCUGCCUGGUUCUGAACUCCCAGUUGUUCUUCGACGCUUCGGCCUGCCCUCAGCUGAAGGAGGCCCAGGAGACGUGGCUGGAGGAGCAGCUGAGCAGAGCCUCCUCCUCGAUGGAACCCAAACCCAAACACAUCCUGGUGUUCCAGCACAUUCCUCUGUACCUAAAGAGCCCUGAUGAAGAGGACGAUUACUUCAACCUGCAGAGGGGAGUCCGACAAAACCUGCUGGACAGGUUCAAGAAGGCAGGGGUGAAAGCGGUCUUCUCUGGCCAUUAUCACCGGAACGCCGGUGGCUGCCACGGUGGCCUGGACAUGGUCGUGAGCUCGGCCAUCGGCUGCCAGCUCGGCGAGGACACCCACGGCGUCAGGGUGGUGGCGGUGACCGCCGACGAGGUCGUCCAUCGCUACUACAGCCUGGAGCAGCUGAGAGUGGGAGGCAUGGACGAGGACCUCAGGAAGCUCCUGCAGGCCUGAGGAGAGACAGUCAGGGAAAACAAGCUGUGUUUUUGUUCUGUUUUAAGAGUUUUCAGCCCCUGUUAUUAGACACAACAGAGUUUAUGGGGGAAGGAGCAUUGAUCAACUCUUGUCAGGCUGUGAGAUGUUAGAAACAUUCACACUGUAUAUUCCCAGUGGCUCAUUUUACCCAAUAUGCUGAGGUUUAUAAUCUACCAGCACAGUCUCAUUUAGCUGUGUUUCCAUCGAGGUAAUUUAAGCAGUAUGCUGAUGCACAAAUGUUUUCUUUUUUCCAUUUCAGAAAGAGACCUAACUCUAUACAGGGAGAGAAGGAGAAAGAGAGGCUGUAUCUGUAGAAAAAGUCUUCCUAAAAUUCUUCUUCCUGCCUCUCAUUUUUCUGCCUCUUCCUCCUCCUCCUUCCUUCUUCUCCUCCUCCAUCUUCUUCCUCUUCUUUGCUGGUGUCAGGCAGCCAGCUUGUCUCAUAUUUAUCCAUCACUUCCUCUUUUACUCUAACAACAAUGCAUAACUUAGCCUAAAACCUCUAACUUCUGAUGAAACUGCACAGCCUAGCUUUUUGCUUAAAGCCAGCUGAUGGUAGCGCCACCAAUUCAUAUAUUGUGUGGGUUUAUUUAGUUUUUUUGCAGAAUUUCGAAAUGUCAUUUCCACUCGCUUGAAUUUGGAAGAAAACACAGCCAAGACUGCCGAAGUUGAUCAAUGGCCCAAUUUCCCAAAACUCUUAAGAAAAUAAUUGAUGGAUUUAUAGUUUAUUGAGACACGUACUCUCAGUUUGACCAGAAAAAUAGAGGAAAGCAGUGGAUUUAAACCAAACAGUGUGACUGGCUGCCUGACCACACAUCACAAACUGUACACAAUCGUGUGAUGAAAAUGAAUUUAUUUUCUCUCUCUCUACUGAAUGUUUUUCCCGGGACCAUCAGUCGGCAGAGUGGAUGUUAUUAUCUGUGCUCCCGCUGCCCUGAAAGCGGCACACAGAGAUCAUUGAAUGUGUGUCUAAAAGUAGCGCUUCUUCUUCUGUGGAGGAGCAAAAAACCUUCCUGCACGGCCGCCUCAUCAGAUUGAGGCUGACACCCACUCUGUCUGCGCAGUGUCAGUGUUAAAAGUUCAAGACGGUGCGAUGGUGAAGUCAGAUGUUGUCGGUGUAACUUUAAAUGUACCCAAACUUCAGCAUUAAAGGAAGAUUCCACCUGAAAACAUUGAAACCUCUUUCAAAACUAGCGACCGCAGGUAAAGCGAAGUUCAUCAAGAAACAGGAAGCAGUUCAUGAGCGCCGCUUGUUUAUUAAACUCAUUUUAUGAAUGUUCUUUAAAGGCUGUUGAAAAGCAUCAUGGGAGAUGUAGGAAACGCACCAAGGUAUAUAGGAACAGAUCACACCAGUUAAGAUAAACUACUGGACUGCACUGAAUGCUACAGGUUAUUGUUAUGUAACAGUUUGCCAGUAUUAAAGGGUGGAGUUUUCCUUUAAUGACACUAAGCUAUCCAGCUGUCAUAGCUAUUUCUACUAUGUCUGUUGUUGCUGCAGUCUAAUGCCUUGUCGGCCAUCCUAUGCAAUCACCGUAUUGUGUGUUUGUUUUGUUUUUUUAUGUUUAACAUGGUACAUUGUAGAACUGACCCGGAACUGACGUCUGAUCAGACCUUGAGCUGUCUGUCUGUAGCCUCUUACACUGCCCUUAUAGGCAAAACUGACUGUUCUGAGAAAUGUUUAGUUUUUCUAUCCAUCCACUACAACGUUCACAUAGUCUUUGAAUGUGUGUUGACUUGAGAGAAUAUUUUUAAAAGUAGAAAUGACAAUCUUGUGUGUGACUAAAAGUGAUUCUUUAGUUAUACUCAUAAUUGAUUAAAUAAAAAAUGGAGAAUUUUU